AUGCCCUACUGGGACUGGACAAUUGACUCGAAGGAUAUGUCCAGAAGUCCAAUAUUCUCAAAAGAUAAGAUCCGCGGUUUUGGCGGCAACGGCCUCGGUGGAGGUUUUGUGAACCUAGGGAGACCGAACCCCUCGACGAUGUGUGUCCUAGAUGGAGCGUUCAACAACUUUACUGUGCAAUACCACGAUCAAACAUCGAGGUCACACUGCCUGAAUCGUGGUUUCAACGAUGAAUUGACACCAGCUGGAAAGUUCCAGGGAGAUUCUUACUCACCACAUGCGGUUUCAAAGAUAAUGAGAGAUUCUAAGAAUUUUACUACAAUUACUAGGGAUCUCGAGAAUGGAUCGCACGGCGCUAUUCAUCAAGCUAUAGGCGGAGACAUUGUGUCAUCAACAUUACCAAAUAAUCCUGUCUUCUUUCUUCAUCAUGCACAAAUUGAUCGGUUGUGGUGGGAUUGGCAGCAGGAAAACCCAAAGAAGCACAACUCUGGAUUCUCUGGCAUACGCAUCCUUGCCUCUGGCGUAACCCAUAAGAAACCAGCAAGCUUGAAGGAUAAGAUGCCAUGGCAUGUUAGUAGUAGGCCCAGAACGACAAGUGUCUGA